AUGUCGGUUACUCUGCAUACGGAUCUUGGUGAUUUGAAAUUGGAGCUCUUCUGUAAGCUCUGCCCAAAAACUUGUGAAAACUUUCUUGCUCUUGUCGCGUCGGGAAAAUAUGAUGGCACAGUGUUCCACAGAAACAUUCCUGGGUUCAUCGUCCAAGGAGGCGACCCAACGGGGACUGGAAAAGGCGGUGAGUCUAUUUGGGGCGGACCAUUUGAGGAUGAGAUUGACGACAAUUUGAGACAUUCUGGACGGGGUAUUUUGUCGAUGGCAAACUCUGGAGCAAAUACAAAUAGAUCGCAAUUCAUGAUAACUUACGCCAAACAUCCCACUCUCGAUUUGAAGCAUACCGUCUUUGGGAAAGUCAUCGAUGGCGACGAGACACUUGACGCCAUGGAGAAAGUCCUGAUCGAUCCGAAAACGUACCGACCGACUACAGAUAUCAGACUCAAACAGUGCACGAUUCAUGCUAACCCCAUCGCUGAUGAAAGCUCAUAA